CUCUCUCUCUCUCUCUACACACACACAUUCUCUCUCUCUCUCUCUUCCCUACUAGCUAAGCUAAGCUAACUUCUCUCUUACUCAUGGAAAAGCACAAUUCUCUCUCUCUCUCUCAGCUCCAUGAGCUCUUUUUAAUGCUGAGCCUGAAAACAUAACUACAUGCAUCACCGACUGGCCAUAACCAGCCUCUUUGGUGGGAGAAAUAAAAAUUCUUAGCAUGAGAGAAACAAUUAAUAUAUAUGUCCUCAAGAACCUUUCUCUGAUCUGGUGUUCUAACAGGAGGAGCUGCUGAGUCAGUAGAUAGAGUCUCCAUCGAUCGGAAGAUCAAAAAAGAAAAAAAAAGAAGGUUUAGCCAGACAAGAGAGUGAUAUAGUUAAAAAGCUUGUUGAAGAUCAAAGAGUUAGAUAGCUAGCAUCAUCCAUGGAAAUAGGAUCAAGCCCAGAGAGCCCACCCUCAGAUGGAAUAGCCACAAGCCCUCAAGGCUCCAUGUCAGUAGGCGGCGCAUCCUCAUCAUCCCCAGCACCAUCUCCAAGUCGCUAUGAAUCACAGAAACGCCGUGACUGGAACACCUUCGGCCAGUACCUCAAGAACCACCGACCACCACUGUCCCUGGCACGGUGCAGCGGUGCACAUGUCUUGGAGUUCCUCCGUUACUUGGAUCAGUUCGGCAAGACCAAGGUUCACACUCAGAUGUGCCCCUUCUAUGGCCACCCUAACCCUCCGGCUCCAUGCCCUUGUCCUCUUCGUCAGGCUUGGGGUAGCCUUGAUGCUCUCAUCGGUCGUCUCCGUGCUGCAUAUGAAGAGAAUGGUGGUAAACCUGAGACCAACCCCUUUGGCGCACGCGCAGUGAGGCUUUAUCUCCGUGAGGUACGUGAAAUGCAGGCAAAGGCCCGUGGCAUAAGCUAUGAGAAGAAGAAGCGCAAGAAGGCACUGCAGCAGCAGCAGCCAGCUGAACCUCUUGCCCUCCCCCAGAGCUCUUCCACUCCACCUGGACCCGGUGCACUCUGAAUAUCGUUUACUUCUUUCAUCCCCUAGAACACUUAAAUUGCUUGCCGGACUUCCAUCUUUGAUUGCUAUAUUUCCAUGUGACUAGUUGAGUACUAGUGUGUCUUUAAUUUGUUGUUUUGUUUCCUAGCUUCUUGUGUGCUUGAUAUCAGCUUGUGCUUGUUGGAUUUAUUAUAUUUCCGGAACCAUUUUCACUGCAAUUCAGUUGUUUCUAUC